CGGUGCCUAUCCUUUUGGUGUGGUUUACGUUGAAUAGCACAUCAGGAUAACAGAUUUCGGAAAAUUUGUUUCAUUUUUUUUUUAUUUUAACAGCACCCUGUAGAGACGAUGUGAUUUAAAGUGGAAAGUGCUGAAUUUGAAGUGUAAAUUGUUUGCCAAUGAAUGGUGUUUUUUCUCGCAACUCAGAUUAUGAAAGCUGUUUAGUUAGGGCAGACGCUGAGCUAUUCUAGUGAUACUCGAAGAACCGCAGAUAUGAAACAGCAAUAAACAAUUAGGUGUUUUGCCAUACGUCGUCAGCAAUACUCGAAAAGAGUUGUGUCUGUAUAAAAUUUAAAAAAGGGAAAUGUCACAUAGCUUCGACAUUUUUUUUAAACACAAUCUAAUCCUCUUGUACUUAACCUAUUGUAUGAUAUAGUAUGGCAAUUUAAUUGUUUUUAUUGGAAAAAAGCCCAUUCUUGAUAGAAAAUGUUGUCUACGUGUAAACUUUGUACAACACUGACAGGUUACACCAAGUCCGCUCGUGCACGGAAGCGGUUUUAGAAAUGCAACCUAAUAAAAAAGUGAAAUGAAUAACCGUUUUGAAUGAUAAUGGCUAUAAUAAAAGCUAUUUAAAAUUUAUGGAGCCGAUGAUGUCAUAAAAUGUUCCUAUCAGUCCUAUCAGUUUGAAAGAAAUUCUACAGCGCUAAAGUAAAAUGAAGAAAAAACCAACGGUGACAUAUAAUUAAAAUAGCAGCAACAGUUACAAAAAUAUAUAGUUUAUCAGGAAUUACGUUCCGAGAAACGGAGAAACGAAUAAUACAGAGCUUGCACUUGAAACCAAAAAAAAAAAAAAAAUUCACAUUUGACGAGAAAUAUUGAAAACUUUGCAACCUACAUCUUAGAGACAUCAGGCUACUAGCAGUCAUAUGCUCAAAGAUUGGGAUGAUGAAAGUAGGAAAAUAUCCUCCAAAUUCUUUGCGAUGAUAGCGAUUAAAAAUAAAAAAAUAUAGGAAAAUGAUCAAAAUUAGUAUUUAAUGGAAAUUUUGAGCAUUUAUCAGCCAGAAAUCGUUGAAAUAUGGCAGCUUUGCGGAAUUAAAAAGAUAAACCACCAUUGCGAAAUUUACUAGUAUUAAAUAGAUGUACCUAACAAUAAGAUUUUUAAAAUUGAUAUCAGCCAACAAAUAAAAAGCAGAAAUUUAAAAAGAUAAACCAAAGAGGGAAUAAAAUUACGAACCGAAAAAUUGCAAAGUCGAAGGUAUUUAAAAAAACACCUCAAUAUUUAAUAACCAAAAAUAUAAAAAUACAAUAGAAGAUGGAAAAUAUAAAGCAUCGAAAAUUAUCGAAAACAAUUCUAUUGUUUGCUAACAGAAGAAACCGAGACAAUUACUGGAGGACCCGUUAGCUGAUUUGGAGGUCACUCAUCAGUUGGACUGAGGGGUGCACCAGCCGGGGUGAAUCUUCCCGUUUUCCUACGAGAUCCAUCCAGAAGUAAUCCACGUUAUCCACGCAACCCUUACCUGAUUGAAAGAAGAAGAAGGCAGAAAACUGCCACCACAAAAUUUCAAACUGGCCGGGAACUCACGAGGGUUGUGGCAGCUGAAGCAGGAAGCGAUGGAGAAUAUGGUCGAGGAAAAUGGAUCGUCCUCGCUAGAUCCGCUGGCCAACUCGGAGCCACACAACAACAGCAGUUCCAGUUCUGUGGGCGGUGCCGGACCGGCUAGCAACAACAACAACAGUUCCAACAACUCCGAAAACCUAAACUCGUCACCAAACGUCGUACAAAUCAUACCGACAGCGCAGAGCACCGGUGGCGGUGUACAGGCACAUUCAGUGAUACAACAGAACCAGCAGUCGGUGAUACAGACGGCGGCCGGUCAGAUACCAACGUUACCCAGAGGCGUAUUAUUAGUGUGUAACAAACCCAGCUCAGUAAUUCACACCACGCAAGGUAGUUUGCAGGCUAUACAGAUUAAACCAGAGCCGAACGUUGGCAGCGGCGGCAGUAUAAUGACAGACACCAACAGUGACGACACGCUGUCGGACGAUGAGACGCCCAAGAAGCGAAGGGAUUUACUAACUCGACGACCAUCCUAUCGUAAGAUUCUGAGCGACCUCGGCGGAGCGGAAAUUGCAAAUGCCCAAAGUCCGGACGGCCCAGGACUGCAUGCGAUAGCAGCAACCGGCGGUAGCGUAGUGCAAUAUACCCAGGCCCAGGAUGGUCAAAUUUACGUACCUCAUCUCUUUCCCAAUGCAGUCAUGGGCGGAAACGUGCAGCUGGAGGACCAGUCACGCAAGCGGGAAAUGCGCCUACAGAAGAACCGGGAAGCGGCACGGGAAUGCCGACGCAAGAAGAAGGAAUACAUCAAGUGCCUGGAGAACCGAGUGGCCGUGCUGGAGAACCAGAACAAGGCCCUGAUCGAGGAACUCAAAUCCCUGAAGGAGCUCUACUGCCAGCAGAAGAACGACUGAGAAGGACCGGACGAAACUGCUACCGUUGUUACUGUUGUUGCUUCUGCCGGCCGGCGAAGAGACCUCAGCAGUUCCGUCUCGAGGUAGACACUACCAUCGAAUAGGUUUAUUAUUUUGUACCAUGCAAUUGUCGUGGUACACACAGAAAUUCAGAAAGAGCGAAGGAGUAAUAGGAGAAGUAAAACAAAAACAAAAAACGAAACAAACCUGCCAAGGUUCGCGAGGGGGGAAGUUUUCUCCCGCCCUAGUGUCCAAUAGAGGGCAGGACAAACACACAUUUUAAGAUCCAUCCAAGAAACAUUUACACAAGUAAACAGGAGAGUAAAAAAAAAAACAAACAAACAAAAUAAACCUUUAGAGCACCCUUCUGGUUCGAAUGCCAUACGAAAGAAUAAGAAACAGAGAAACAUGCUUUUGGUCUACUGAUAAAGUAGGCUAAACAUAGAGGAAAGUAAAGGUAAACAAUAGAGGUUUUUUUGGUCACCAGAGGGGUAACGAGAGUGUCCAUGUUUCUAUUCUUUUUUCUGUUAGUAGCAUUAGGAAAAACAACUUAUUCUUGUACAGUGGAUAAAACAAAAAAAUUACACGAAAAAAAAACAAUGUUUGUUGUAUUUCUUUAUAGUUGUACAGAGAAGCGGCGCUUCAUUGUGAGACUCUUUGCUAGCGCCACUUCGAUCUUUUUUGGAUUACUAAAUCAAUCGAUGUGGAGAGGGAUAGUUAUGUCGCCGCCUAGAAGAGCUCGAGGCGCGAAGAUCGUAAACAUUUUUUCAGUGUGAUCAAUCCUUUUUCCUUUCCUCAAAGAGGUCAACGAACUACUCGACGAUUGUUGUGUCUGUUUAACAAUCAGCGCUAGGGACAGAAUUAAAAAAGCUUUGUCUGUUUUCUGUUUUUUUGAAAAUAAUUACUUAUAGGAGGCGCGCGAAAAGCACAUUUUGUGACACUGUAAAGUAACUUUAGCGAAGAGAAACGAAAAUACUGGUGGGAAAAUUAGCAAGACGCAGGAGGUUUGCACACUUAGAUGAAACAGUAAGAAACCCCUACUGAUAGAGAGAAUGCUGCUGAAGGCAAAAGUGUACAUUUAGAAGAUAAAAAAAAGAGGAAAACUAGUUUAAGAGAAAACCAUUUUUACUUAUACACAAGAAAUACCUAUAUAUUAAAUGUAAUGACGUAAGAAGGAUAUAAAAUAAAAGAAACUCUAGGAGGCGAAUUUUUACUAAGAAACUAAACUGAGUUGAGUGAAUUUUCUGAGCUGUGGUUGGAGGAAACGGAAGGAGACGAUAUCAGAAAGGUAAACAAUGAAACAUGCUAUUUUUCUGCAUACAAAAAGAAGAAAAACAAACAUACAAAAAAAACUAGUGUAGCAGCAUUUGUGCUGCGUUUGAUUUACACAAAACGAAAACACCCGGCACGUCUCAAAAUUAGUGGCAAGCGAAGAGGUUUUUGGGAUGCAAGCCUGUUUGUUGAAGACCAGUUGCACCCCACCCAAAAACCAUCGUCUAGUAUAAAGCGUUUGGUCAAUGCCGGGAAACAAAGCAGAAGAAAAUAAUACAAUUAUUUGACGUCAAGUAGCUAAAAUUCCAACCAACAAUGGAAGACACUGUUAAUUGAAGAAAGAAAACAAAUAUAAAUAAAUUGAUGAAAGCAAAACAGA